GGUAAACCCAAGGUGAAAUAACAUAGGUUAUAUUUCAUAUCUGGCCCAGCAAUAGGUGCUUGAGUGGCAGAAACGUGGUAUGUAUGAUUGACUUGCUUUUGUUGGUUAGAUACCAGCAAUAGAACCGGCGACAAACACGACGUGGAUUAUGAAGGGUUUAUCAACACGUUCUACUUUCUGAAAUCUUCUUACAAUCCCUCACGCAUUGCCGUUCUUUACAUGUCAAAUAGUACUUCAGCAUGCUACUCAAGUGGUUGUGGUUUGCGGGCGCCGCGAGCGCCGCCGUUGCCUCGCUCAAUCAUGGACUGGCUAGGAGGGAUACUGUUAGCGAUAUCCUAGCAGACAUCGAAAAUGCUGCUACAUGUACUAGUUGUCAGGCUCUUUUGCUUGUUCUGCAAGCAAUAGCACAUGCUGGAAAUUCUGCAUUCGUUGACGUUAUUACUGAAGUUUGCAUUCUCGCUGGGAUUGAAGAUGCCGACGUUUGUGAAGGUGCGAUAGCCGAGCAAGGUCCCAUCCUCGCGCACGAUCUUCGCCAAAUGACCAUCGGAUCACAUACAGCCACACUCUUUUGUGCUACCAUCUUUGGACUAUGCGACUUUCCUGCAGUGAGAGAAUAUUCCGUAAGCUUCCCGUCUACAAAGAGUCCAAAUGCUACUCGACCACCCCCAAGCGGACAAGCCCCUAUCCAGGUCGUUCAUAUUAGCGACAUUCAUGUUGAUCUUUUCUACGAAGUUGGCUCCAGUUACAAUUGCACCAAGAACAUCUGCUGUCGUCCUUAUACCGCGGCUGACGCCCCAGGGAAUACUAGCUACCCUGCUGGCGAAUAUGGCAACCACCAAUGCGACUCGCCCUUGAGCUUAGAGGAGAGCAUGUAUGAAGCAAUUCAAACAUUCGCUCCGAAUGCAGCAUUCACAAUCAUGACCGGUGAUGUUGUCGAAGGCGCCGUUUGGCUCGUAAACCAGACUGAGGUGACCAACGAUCUUAACGACGCCUACGUGACGCGGAUGCCUACAUACUUGAACCUAGUUUACGGAGUUGUAGGCAACCACGAUGUUGCACCAGUCAACUCUUUCCCACCCGCCGCCGUGGACACCACAAUUAGCAGCCAAUGGGCAUAUGAUACCCUCUCUUCGGACUGGGCGCGAUGGAUUGGAUCCACCGCGGCGAGUUCGGCCCAGAACUUUGGCGCGUAUUCUGCUAAGUAUCCAGGAGGAAACUUGCGGUUGAUAUCUUUCAACACCAAUCUCUACUAUAAGCAGAACUUCUGGCUUUACGAGAAGAACAUGGAGACUGAUCCAAGCGGGCAAUUGGCAUGGUUAGUUUCCGAGCUCGAUGCAGCCGAGGCAGCCGGUGAAAGAGUUUGGUUAUUAGGACACAUGCCAAUGGGAGCAGGUGAUGCUCUUCAUGACGGCUCGAACUAUUUCAAUCAGAUUAUCCAAAGGUACGACGCGACAAUCGCGGCGGCGUUUUACGGACACACCCAUAAAGACGAGUUUGAGCUCGCAUACUCUGACAACGCGAACCCCAGCGCAAGCACUGCGACAAUGAUGUCGUAUAUUGCUCCAGCACUCACUCCCACUUCUGGAAAUCCUACUUUUCGUGUCUAUUCUGUGGACCCUGUGACAUUUGGAGUACUGGAUUUCACGACAUACAUUGCGAACAUGUCGGAUCCGACGUACCAAACGAAGCCCACGUGGGAAAAGUAUUAUUCUGCAAAGGAGACAUACGGCUCGCUGCUCGUGCCAGCAGUAACGGACGCUGCCGCCGAGUUAACUCCCGAAUUCUGGCAUAACGUGACCACUCUUUUUGAGAACGACGAUGGUAUUUUCCAGGACUAUAUCAGUCGGAAGUCAAGGGGUUGGGACGUCUCUGCAUGCACUGGAAGCUGCAAGACGGAUACAAUUUGCCAACUGCGCGCAGCCGAGUCUCAGUACAACUGUGUAGUGGUUAGUCCAGGUAUAAAUCUCAAGCAAAGGAAGCGUGAGGUGGACUAUUCGUCACAUUCAGAGCAAGAAUGUGGAGCUUCGAUAGUAAGCACUUUGUUUAAUGACUUCUCAAGCGGCAUUACUGCGCUUCGAGCUUCUGCACAGAAUCAUCUGGGGGCGAACUUCUUGGACACAGUCGUCAACGCGACGUCUGUGUAAUGACAUAGUUUUCAAUGAAGCCCAUAAUUUCGUCACAAUAUUACAAGGC